AGGUGGUUCAAGGUUGUUAGAACAGAACGGCGGGCGGCUUUCCAUCUGGCUGACCGACCCUCUAAUUUGAUAUGUUAUGCCACAUUUGAAAGUGUUGUGCCUACAUGGAUACAGGCAAAACUCGGAUGUUUUUCGCGAAAAAACAGGCGGAUUGAGAAAAUCACUAAAAAAGUUCUGUGAAUUUAGUUAGUUGGAUUUGUCAUUCUUUUGUUUUUAUGUAGAAUUUAUGUCCGCCCCAAAUGUUAUCGGAUGCUCUUCGAACGGUUGUGCCUGGUGGUUUUCUAAACCUAUGGAAUUUUUAGCACAAGAAAGUAGUACGUAUGAUGCUGGCUUUCGCGAAUCCCUAUUGGCUGUCAAAAAAUACAUUAAAGAAGAGGGUCCAUUCGAUGGGAUGCUUGGUUUCAGCCAAGGUGCAGCAUUCCUACUUCUGCUACAAAUUAUGAUAGAGCAUAAAUUAAGUGAUUUCACAGAUUACGAUAUCGAACCGAUCAAAUUCACAAUAUUGGUUGCUCCUUUUAUCAGUCGUUGUUCGCUUCACCAAGCUAUUUAUGUUCACAAAACAUCGAUACCGAGUUUAGUCAUCUAUGGCGAAACAGAUUCUGUUAUCCCACGAGAAAUGUCUGAGGAAGCACUGAAUGUAUUCUUAUCUGAACCAAAGGUAUUCGUACAUGACGGUGGUCAUUACAUUCCUACACACGCUGAUGCAAAGAAAAUAUAUACUGAUAUUGUUUCGAAAUUUAUCGAAAAAUAGAUAAAACUUGCAGAAUUUCAGUUCCUGUCAUCCUGCAUUUGAAAACUCAUUUUCUGUGAAUUGAUUUUUGUAACGCUGUAACAAUUUGUUGUUAAUCUAGAUAAUUGAUUAU